AUGGCGUUGUGGACUCAGCACCCAAGAUACAGUACCUUCAUCCUUUUCUGUGUGGUCGGCACAUUAUACCUUCUGGGAGUACAUCACCCCGGCGCCAUUCGUCCCAGAAUUGCUUUGCGUAAACUCCAUGCUCAUGACCUUCCGACACGUCUUGAACGGUCCAAACGCAUUUACAACAAGCUGCUUGUAGAGAGGCAAGGACUCAUCAAGAAAUUUGGACCCAACCCACAGGAUAUUGUACUCUUCCCUCCGAAUGUCGCGCCAUGGCCGCCAUAUACCGUGUGGGACUUCUUUCCAGCAGCAUUCAACUGUCCCCACGAGAUUCAACGUCUAGGCGCUCUGGGAGACGGCGGAAAAUGGGUCUGUGGCGUGUCGCGCGUGGAGAAGAAACGCGACUGCGUUGUGUAUAGUGUUGGAAUCAACUACGAGUCCUCUUUCGAGGCUGAAAUACUUGCCAACACCGACAACUGCCAGAUCUGGGGAUACGACUACACCGUCAGCUCGUUUGGCCCACAGAUUCCCGCCUCCGCGUUGGGGAGAACACAUUUCAAACCAUAUGGCCUGGCGGGGAAGGACAAGGACAAAAUGUAUACCCUCGAGAGCUUGAUGAAGAUGAACGGCCACACCCAUAUUGACAUCCUCAAAAUUGACAUCGAGCACUGGGAAUUCGAAACUCUCACCGCACUCAUUGAACCAUACCUUGCUAAUGGCCGGCCCCUCCCGUUCGGCCAACUGCAGCUCGAGCUCCAUCUUUGGAAUAUGACAUUCCCCGAAUUCCUCAAAUGGUGGGAGAUGCUUGAGGCUGCAGGACUGCGACCCUUCUGGACUGAACCAAAUCUCGUAUACCAAAAUUACAACCGCGCGGGUUCAACAGAUUUGGCAGAAUAUUCCUUCCUCAACAUCAAGGGCUCGAAUGUCUUCAUCAAAGAUUCCUGA